GACGCCGAGACCUUUGCCUUCCAGGCAGAGAUCGCUCAACUCAUGAGUUUGAUUAUCAAUACCUUCUACUCGAACAAAGAGAUCUUCUUAAGAGAACUCAUCUCCAACUCCUCCGAUGCGUUGGAUAAGAUCCGAUACGAGUCACUGACCGAUGGCUCGAAACUGGACGCACAGAAGGAACUGUUCAUCAAAAUAAUUCCCAACAAAGACGAGAAAACACUGACAAUAGUGGACACCGGUAUCGGUAUGACUAAAGCGGAUCUGAUCAACAACUUGGGAACGAUCGCGAAGUCGGGCACAAAGGCCUUCAUGGAGGCGCUGCAGGCGGGGGCAGACAUCUCGAUGAUCGGGCAGUUUGGUGUGGGCUUCUACUCGGCGUAUUUGAUUGCAGACAAAGUGACCGUUUACUCGAAACACAACGACGACGAGCAGUACAUCUGGGAGUCGUCCGCCGGCGGCUCCUUCACCAUCGCCACCGACUCCGGAGAGUCACUCGGAAGGGGCACUAAAAUAGUGCUUCACCUCAAAGAGGAUCAGUUGGAGUACUCGGAGGAGAAGCGCAUCAAAGAGAUCGUCAAAAAGCACUCGCAGUUCAUCGGAUACCCAAUCAAACUCUUGGUCCAGAAGGAGAGGGAGAAGGAGGUGUCGGACGACGAGGAAGAGCCCGAAGCAGACAAAAAGGAGGAGAAGAGCGACGAAGAGAAGAAAGAGGAGAAAGAGGGCGGCGAUGAGGACGAGCCGAAGGUGGAAGACGUCGAGGACUCGGACGACAAGAAGGAUAAGAAGAAGAAGAAGAAGAUUAAGGAGAAGUACGUCGAGGACGAGGAGCUGAACAAAACGAAACCCCUUUGGAUGCGAAAUCCCGACGACAUAACUCAAGAGGAAUACGGAGAGUUCUACAAGAGUCUGACCAAUGACUGGGAGGACCACUUGGCUGUGAAACACUUCUCAGUCGAGGGUCAGCUCGAGUUCAGAGCUCUGCUGUUCAUUCCG